AUGGAUCAGCUACAACUACCAGAUAGUAACAACAAGUUGAGGUCAAUGUCCACUGGCUACUUGAUUGGUAGGAGUGCUGGAAAUGUUGCCACGGCCUUGCUUGUGCCCAAUCAUCAGUCAACAGAGCAACCUGGAUCAGGAUCAGGAUCAACACAAUCAACAAUCAACAACAACAACAACACAACAAAUACAGAUGAUGAUGUUGAUGGUGUCGAUGAUGGUGAUGCCUCCAACACACUUCCACAACAACAUACACCCGCCACCAUUACAUCACCAUUGGUCAUAGGAUCAGUGAUGGAUCAGGGUGAUGAUGACAAACCAAAACGACCAUACUCCAUGCCACAACCAUUGGACCCAAGCAACCCUGCUGUUGCCUCCAUCAUCCCAACAUUCAAACGUCCACCCGUGCCCAACUCAAACUCUCCCCUCUUCUCAGUAAUAUAUGACAAGUCCAGCUCUGAAUUGAGCGAGGUGGAUCAAGAGGACAUGUUGGUGCGUACCAAUCUCCAGAAGAUAGUACUGUCAAGGAAUAGGCUGACGACAAUACCUGAGCGCAUUGGAGAGUUGCUCAAGGUACACACAUUGGACUUCUCCUACAACCUGCUCCAACAACUGCCUACAACUAUAUCAUCGCUCAAUCAACUCACCACUUUACUGUUGGCUGGCAACCAACUGUUGGUGGCCGCCACCGAUGACUCGUACAAGGACUAUGUGGCGGCUGGCAACAUUGACACCAUCGGCGAUGAUGAUGACGACGUUGUGAGUAGUGACACAGAUGCUGAGGAGGAAGAGGAGCUAUGGGUGCGAUCAAAGCCUCGCAAAGGAUUCAUGAGUAAUGCCGAGCGAAGAAAGUCAAUCAGAUUCCCAACUGUCAUCGACUUUAAGAAGUUGGCAGAGAAGAUGGAGCUGGCCGCGGCAGAGAAGACAGAGGUGGCUGCGUUGAGCCCAGAGAGCAGCCCACAGCCAGCGCCAUUCGAGUCGUUGCCCACUGACCUCAGCUACUUGCCAUCGCUCACAAAGUUGGAUCUGAGCGCCAACGUAGCACUCAACUGGCAGGGCAUGACAUACCUGCCACCAAGUAUCUUUUGGUACAGCCAGAUCACGACACUGCUAGCCACACACUGCCAGCUGUUCUCAAUCCCCUCGGACUUCCAGCAUCUCACAGCACUCACUCAAUUGGACCUCAGUCACAAUGAGCUUAUCGAUCUGCCGCUCGAGCUCGGCCUUCUCAGCAUGCUCAAACACCUCUCACUCCAACACAACCGUCUCCAGAGCGUACCUGGCGACCUAUCCGGGCUGUCCAGCUUGAUGUCCCUGGACAUGUCACACAACGAGCUUGUCGACAUGCCAACUGAGCUUGGAUAUCUCUUCAGCCUUGAGACCAUCGACUUAUCAUUCAAUCAACUGGCGUGCAUCCCCGAUCAGUGGUUCGCUUCACCCGACCCCAAUGUGGCGCUGUUCGCGCUCAAGGAUCUCAAGGCGCGACGCAACUGCCUUGACACACUUCCCGCCAACUUAUUCCAGUGUGGAUGUCCCUUUGAGAGACUCGACCUCUCAGAGAACAGACUGAUCAGUCUACCGGACAUUGUGGAUGGCACUUCAUUGGAAUCAUUGUCAACAUUAUUAUUGUUUGGCAAUAAGUUACAACAACUACCCAAUGAGUUGAUACAGUAUGCAAACUCAUUGUCCACACUCAACUUGUCGGACAACUCACUCACCAGUUUGCCAAGUGACCCGUCUAUCUGGCUCAAUUGUCAAUCAUUAUCACAACUCUACCUUGGUCACAACAAGUUGACUACAAUCCAAUUGCCCACGGCUCCCUUCUACGCAUUAGAAGAGCUAUAUCUCAAUGGAAAUGACUUGGCCAGCUUUGAUCAGAGCGCAGAGGUCAUGGAUGUCGAUGGUGGGCUGUUCCCGUCCCUACGUGAGCUCAGUCUAGGCUCCUGCUCACUGACCCAGUUGCCAACAUUCAUAUAUGCAUGCCAGUCAAUCGAUAAGUUGGACCUGUCCAACAAUCAGCUUAACGAUCUAGACAUGAAGUUGGCAGACCUCACAAGUCUCUCGGUGCUGGAUCUCUCGAACAACAUGCUCACAGAUAUCACAACAGAGCUACUCAAUCAAUUACUCAAGAGUCUUACCAGGCUUGAUCUAUCAUUCAACUCAAUCACUGAGUCUGGCGUGGACCAGACCAAGUCCAGCUGCACUGCCAUUCAACUCAUUUCACAUCACAAUCAAUCAUCAUCAUCUCCAACAUUGGACGAAUGGAGUGGCAAGUACCGUGUCUUCCAUGCAGAGAUGAAGGGUAGACGACCGGCAAUGGAGGAUGCGUAUACCAUCCAAGGCCAUUUCCGAGGUGAUGGUACUUUGAUCGCAUUGUUUGAUGGACACGCCGGAGCCAAGGCAGCAGACUUUUGCUCAAGUGUGUUCCCCGAACAACUUAAAAUGGCAAUGGGACUCCACCCCGCUAUGUCCCCAUCUCAAUGGUUGCAGCAAGCCUACACACGCACCAAUGCCAAGUUCAGACAGCUGGUCGAGUCCGAACGUCCUGACCUCAAGUACUGUGGCGCCACAGCCGCCGCAGUAUUGAUCCAUGGCAACAGCUUGCAUGUGGCCAACAUUGGUGAUUCACGAGUUGUACUAUGUCGCGAUGGCAAGGCAAUGCGACUUUCACUGGACCAUAAACCCAGUGACCCUAAAGAGGACUGUCGCAUCAGGGAGCUUGGUGGAUACAUUGUCCACAGCCAACAUACAUCAAGAAUCAAGGGCACGCUGGCAGUGUCUCGUGCAAUUGGUGACUUCUACAUGGAGCCCUACGUGAUUGCCGACGCACAUCAAUCAUCCACAACACUCGACCCUAAACACGAUCAAUUCCUAAUAGUAGCGUGCGAUGGAAUUUGGGAUGAGGUGGACGAUCAGCAGGCAUGCGACCUGGUUCUCCGCUCGCCCUCAAUCAAACAGGCGACACUUAACCUUCGUGACUAUGCCUAUUUCAAAGGUUCAGACGACAACAUAACAGUUAUAGUCGUUGACCUUACUACACAAUCAUAA